AUCCCAUUGCAGCUGUUAGCAAGCAUAGGGUCGGAAUUUAUCAAGGAUCAAGUUGUGUCAUGCUUUGCUCUCCGGAGCAGGGCGCUGCUCAGUGUAGAGUGUAGAGGUGGAUCAAAUGAAAAAUAAUCCUGGUGUUUGUAAUGCCUGCCGUUUGGUGAGACGUACUGUAGACCCGGUGGCAAUGGUGAGACUGAAAAUACCCUGUCUGUCUUGUUGAGCUUUGACACGGUUUCUUACUUGAUAAAAUCAGGUUAGGUUAUAUUUGCUAUUCUGUGAGGGCCUAUGUUCCGAACCCGCUAUGGUGCUUUAGGUGCCAAGGAUUCGGACAUGUUGCAGCAGUGUGGAGAAUAGAGAUCCCACAAUGUGAGAAAUGUACAGGAGGACGUAGUCAGAGGGAGUGUAAAGUUGGGAUAGAGAAAGCACUUUGUGCCAACUGUGGGGGACCCCAUGCGGCUUGUGGAUUCAAAGAGCCUGUGAGAGACAGUUUGAGAUUGCCAGAGUUUGAGUGGGGAGGAAAGUUUCUGAUGCUGAGGCAGUGAAGAGAGUAGAGUAUAGGCCAAGGGUGAGUGAUUCGACAGGGAGCCCCCUAACCCUUGAUCAUGACUCUCACUUCCAUUACACAUAAGAGUCAUUGGAGGAAGGCGUCUUCUGUAAGGGGGGAUUUGUUAAAAGCCCCGACGCUCGAUCAGAACAUAAACACGCCUCGCUUGCCGUACGGUCUUGGAAGCAUAAUGACCUUAUCUUUCAUAUCAGCAAGAAAUCAUUUUCAAAGAACAAAAGGUUAAAUUGAUACACAGCCUGAUAGAGUUAGGGUACCCACAAGGCCAUAUCGCCAUGUUACAGCGCUUGUUUGGGGAAAACAGCGGCGACCACCUGUGUUAAUUAGCUAUCUAGCUUGCUCCCAACACGUGUGUGUAAGCGUAACUCGGGAAAUGUAGUUUCGUCGGAUGGAAGCAUCCAUAGCUGUAUGGAUCUUUGCAAAACUGCUACAGUAAGUGUGUUUUUGUUUCGAAAGCCGUAUUGCAAGCGAUGAUUAUUGACGUUUCUAAACGUUAAAACAAAGCGUCGGGAUUGUAGUUCACAUGAGCCAGUCGUGGGCGAAGAUAACAGCUGAGAACUGUAGGGAGAAUUCCGCCUAGAGUUUGAGAGCUAGGAGCCUCCCAGUGAAUAGGCCUGAAGAGAGAGAUCCAGAGAGGAUGAAUUUCAGUAAGGUAGGAUUUCUUGCGUUUAUGGCUAUGGUUAUUGAAUUGUACUGCACUGAUGGUUCGUAAACCCCUGUAAAAAUGUGGUAGUGACAGCAGCAGAGACAUUUUGGGGUGUAAGAGUUUAUUUUUUAUAGAAGAUCUACAGGGGGUUUUAAGAGAAGGGGCUCCAUCCUUCCCAGGCUGGAGUAGGAUCUGGUUGGGGUGGUGUGUUUUUGGGGUAUAGUGGUGAAUAUGUGUAGGGUUAGAUGGAGGUGAGAUUUAAAAAUAAAUAAAUAAUAAUAUUUCCACUUUUUCCUGUCAAUGUGCAAUUCACACUCCAACCUGUGAAAGGCAGCAAUACGUAACAAAGCAAUUCUGCUGGAGACUCACACGAAGAAGUAAACGGAAGUGAAUAAGAACAAUUUCCACGUUAGCAUUUUUUAUUUAAUGUUAAAAUAUGACUAAUUUACAUGCACAGCGUCACAUACUUAACCCAUAUAGUGUUUAAUUCACGUUGGAGACAUAACAUCUACCAACCAAGUCCUAUGUAUGUAACGCAGACUAACUAGCUGCUAACAAUGGCUAAUUGUGUGGGUUUUCACACUCAAAUAGCCUCCAUCAUGGAGGUGCUAGCGAAUGCAGCCGUGGCAGAGAUCUGUAAACUCGUAGACGACGACUAUGCAGUGUUUCGUUUGGAAAUAACUCAAAGCCAGAAAGAAAACAGGGCAUUACGGAGGAAACUACUGGAACUGAAGGUGGCACGGGAGCGCGUCCUCGCCAGUCGUCCCCGAUACAGAGGAAUGGCAAGAGGUGAAGGACAUCUCACUGGAGGCCACAGGGGCUUUGUGAAGCCAGUGGAACACAAUAGAUGGAGAGAUGACCAACCAAUCCCUGUUGAUGAGGGGAGUGGAACCUCCAACGAGCACGUUAUCAUGAUAGAGUUUGCAGAUGCAGAGGCUGCAGUUCCUGGGGUCAAGCAGGAGAGGUCUGAAGGAGAGGAGGACCCACGGCACAGCAGAGACAUCCAGACUGGAGCGACAGGAGCGCCCCCUGUAGCCAUGGCAAAACCCACCACCGUGCAGCCCAGGACCAGACGCAGCGUCACGGAGGUCAAUGGAACGCUGAACGGCGUCCUCAAGUCAGAGACUGACACAGAGACUUUAACUGUAACACAAAGGCUUUUACACACAGGAUCUGACCACAGGUUAGACUAUGAGAGACUGGGGCCACUGGGCUGUCCUGCUCCUGGCUCAGAGUAUUUACUUUACGGUAACCUAAGCCCGAGGACAAUUCAAUCCCAUCAGGACUCAGGUGACGUGUUAGAGACUGGUAAUGAUCCAUCUUGUUCUUACACUACAGAGAUGGACCCUGACAACAUGCCCUUGGGUUUAGAGACACAGACGGAUCUGUCUAGAGGGGACUGGAACCAGUACAGUAGUAGUGUAUACUCUGAAGGGUGCCUAGAUAAGAAAGGUGAGGUUUUAGAUGAGGUGACUGUGAAAGUGGAGAGCGACAUUCCUCCCACAUGGAAUGCAGAUAUUCACUUAGGAGACGGACACUCACAGGGCAGAGAUUUCUUAGAUUACAGGGGAAGCUUAAAGACUAAUCCAAAUGUUGCAACCCACUCCCCUUUAAACGAGCUCCAGGAUCAUAACCCAGUGUCCACAUCUAUGGGACCUUCAGAUUCACACGGCCGCAUCCUUUUCGAUCAGGUAUUGAACUCAAACGACAGGGCUAGAGUCCAGGCUCAGGGUGGGCGAGCCACAUCAGGUAUUAGUAAAGAGAAACGGUUCCUCUGCAUGUUCUGUAACAAAGGCUUCAGCUGCCUCCAGAAGGUGGAGAUCCACCAGAGGGUCCACACAGGGGAGAAACCCUUCAGCUGUACCCAAUGUCAUAUGUGCUUCGCCCAGGCUUGUGACCUGAAGAGGCACCAGAGGGUCCACACAGGGGAGAAACCCUUCGGCUGUACCCAGUGUCACAUGCGCUUUGCUGAGGCUGGAAACCUGAAGCGGCACCAGAGGGUCCACACAGGGGUGAAACCCUUCAGCUGUACCGAGUGUCAUAUGCGCUUCGCCCAGGCUGGUGACCUGAAGAGGCACCAAAGGGUCCACACAGGAGAGAGGCCAUUCGCCUGUAAUCACUGUGGGAAGAGGUUCUCUGAGAGGAGAUACCUAAGGAUACACCAGCAGAAACACCAUUCCACUCUAUAACAUAAAAGUAACCAUUCCACUCGAUAGCUACCUGGCUAGCUAAGUAAACAGCUGAAAUUAUCUAGCUAGCUGUAAAGUUUACAUGUAUCCCCACUAGCUGGCUACUAGAUGACCAAUAUAACAUUUGGGCCUAAAGCUUUUUGUAGGGACCCAAGGAAAGCAAUUCUUGCCUGUAUCAGUGAUGGACACUAGUUAUAAUGUAGACCAAUACUUUUAUAGCUAACUACUAAUACAACAGCCUAAUUUAUUGCACAUUGUUUUGAUAAACUGGUUAGAAUAUGGUCAAAUCAUAAUCUGUACCAAAUGGAUUGCCUAUCAAUUAGGGCUGGGCGAUUAUAUCAAAUUAAUUUGAUUAAUUCGAAUGAAUUAACGCCCUAACAAUGGGAGUCUUUGUCCCAAUGGGGGGAAUGCAGGGGGAUAAAUUUAGGUUCAAAAUAAGCUCAUAGAAACCCAUGGGCUUAUUUUGGAUAGAUUAUGGUGAUAGUGAAACCUCUUUCUCCCAAGCCCCUCCCCUACCACGCAACAAUAAAGAAGAGGUAACUUCUUCCUCUCUGACGAAUAGAUUCAAUUCGCUAUUUGCAUUUGGUCCAACAGAAUCGGUCAUAUGGACAUCGCAACACAUGGAGACUUUGUUUUACUGUAAUAGAGAAGGUAACCUUUUGAACCCUGUUUAUGUUUCAGCUGCUAAAACGGAUGCACCAAUGAACAUUCAUUCUGGAAAAUGUAUGCUCAGUUUGUCUUGCACAUAUUACGGUACCACGUACCGCUAGCAGCAUUUUUGUCAAAUAAAGAUUGUUAUACUAGC